CCUUCAAGUUGGAGAUGGAGGACAGAUUGAAAAAAAGUCCAGCAGAAUGCCAAGUGAUGCAAGCCCGGCCCAAACCAGGAGCCGGGGCAAUUUGGCCCCUUCGUUUGGGUCACCCAUAAAUGCCCCACUGGUUGAGAUGCCCAUCCGGGAAGUUCCAAUCCUCAAUAGCCAGGAUCAGAUAGUGAGAACAUACCAAGUGGUCCCAUUUACCAGUAGUGAUCUGUUGAACUGGAAAAAUUCCACCCCUCCAUACUCGGAGCAGCCCCAAGCAAUGGCUAACUUAUUGGAAAGUAUUAUGGCAACCCAUAAUCCCACCUGGCAGGAUUGCAAACAAUUGCUCCAGGUUUUGUUUACUACUGAGGAAAGGAGACAGGUGAUCAAUCAGGCGAUACUACUAGCUCAGGCAUAGCCCCCGGCGGGGACAGAUGCAGUGGUUUGGGGGGCCCAACGUCUCCCGAUCGAGGUGGAUCCCCAAUGGGACCCCAACAAUCCACAACAUAGGGUGGACUUGAAAGUAUUUCAGGGCCUUUUGGUGGACGCUAUAAGACACGGUCCACCACGCCCUGCAAACAUACUCAAAAUACAGAGUGUUAAACAAGAAAAGACAGAAUCCCCUACAGCAUUCUUGGAAAGAUUAGAAGAUGCCUAUAGAAGAUAUAGCCCCUACAACUUGGAAGAUGACAAUGGAAAGAGGGCACUGGCACAAUCUUUCAUUACACAGGCAGCAGAUGACAUAAGAAGGAAAAUCCAAAAACAACCUGGGUUUUUAGGAAAAACCAUGAAUGAGUUAUUAGCCAUAGCUGACCAGGUCUAUAUGGCUAGGAACCAGGUAGAAGAAGAAAAGAAGAAGAGGGAUAGAAAGGAAGGAUACAAGACUCUCCUAUCCAUGAUGGAUGGUAGAACAGGAGAAAAGAGGCAGAGGACGUGGAAGAGGAAAUGGUCGAGGAAGAGGAGGAACUGGAAGACUAGGAUGGGAUCAAUGCGCGAAAUGCAGGAAAUUUGGUCACUGGAAGGGGGAAUGUACAGAGCAGGUGACUGGUGGCCGAGGAGGUCAAGAAAAUGGAGCCAGGCUCUUGUUUUGUUGGACCCCGGGGAGCCUAUGGUCACUAUGGAAAUCGGGGACCAACAAAUUGACUUUUUGGUGGAUACAGGGACUGAAAGAUCAGUAAUAAACAAGCUAACGAGCCCACCAAGUGCUGAAACCACUCGAGUUAUAGGGGUUUCAGGAAAAGUCCAGAAAUGCCCCUUGCUCCAGGAAAGGACUUGUAAUUUGGCUGGACAUAAUGUGAGUCACAAAUUAUUAUAUCUCCCAGAUUGUCCUGUUCCCCUCUUGGGACGAGACAUUCUCUCUAAACUAAGGGCACAGAUUCAAUUUAUUAACACUGGCCAGAUGGAAUUGACUAUUCCAAUGGAAGAGGAAUGGAGGUUGUUUCUCAUAAGACAGGAAGCAUCAGAACCACCGAAAGCCCAGUGGCCGUGGGAGAGGACGCCUUUGGUAUGGGCAGAAGAUAACCCGCCCGGCCUGGCUAAAUAUGUGCCCCCAGUAGUGGUGGAAGUAAAGAAAGGAAUGGGGCCGGUAAAGAGGCCCCAAUACCCUGUCAGUCGGGAAGCAUCAAUAGGAAUACAAAAACAUAUUGACAGGCUACUGGAACAUGGAAUAAUUAUACCUUGCAGCUCACCCUGGAACUCUCCCCUGUUGCCAGUCAAAAAGCCAGGAGGGCAGGGCGAAUUUCGCCCUGUUCAAGACUUAAGAGCAGUAAAUCAAGUCACUGUUUCUUUGACCUCGGUAGUGCCAAAUCCACAUAUCAUGAUGAGUUUAAUACCCGCAUGGACGGCGUGGUUUACUGUAUUGGAUAUUAAAGAUGCGUUCUUUUGUAUCCGGUUGGCUCCCGUGUCCCAGCCGAUUUUUGCGUUCCAGUGGGACACCCAACAAGCCGGCCAAAGGGCCCAAUACAUGUGGGCUCGUCUCCCUCAGGGCUAUCACAGUAGUCCCACGAUAUUCGGACAGGCACUGGCUAAAGACAUGGAAGAAUUUGAAAUUCCGGAGAGUGAAGGGGUGUGGCUCCAAUACGUGGAUGAUUUGUUGAUAGCCUGUAGGACAGAGGUUGGGUGUAGGCACUACACCCUGAAAAUGUUGGAAACAUUAGAGGAAAAAGGAUACAAAGUGUCCAAAAAGAAGGCUCAAUUGUGUCAAAGAAGUGUAAAAUAUCUGGGAUUUGAAAUAACUGAGGGACAUCGGUCACUGGGAGUUGAAAGAAAAAAAGUUAUUUGUGCAAUACCAACCCCGUCCAGCAGGAGGCAGGUUAGGGAAUUUUUGGGUUCAACAGGGUAUUGUCGGCAGUGGAUUCCAGGCUAUGCUGUAUUGGCCAAGCCUUUAUACCAGGCCACCCGAGGGAAUAGAGAAGAUCCAUUCCAGUGGACAGAAAAAUGCCAACAAGCCUUUGAAGCUUUAAAAAAAGCUUUGAUGUCAUCACCAGCCCUGGGCCUACCGGAUAUGGAAAAACCCUUCACUCUGUUCGUAUCGGAGCGAGAAGGAGUAGCAGUGGGCGUACUUACCCAGGCUUUAGGGUCAUGGCAAAGACCAGUGGCAUACUUGUCAAGGCAACUAGACACAGUAGCGCAGGGAAUGCCACCAUGCCUGCGGGCUGUGGCAGCAGCAGUAGAAGCAAACAAAUUGACUUUAGGGCAGCCACUGGUCGUAAAGGUACCACACCAUGUGAAGGCACUGUUAGACACCAAGGGACCACGCUGGCUCACAAACGAGAGACUGACUAAGUAUGAGGGGGUGUUAUGUGACAACCCAAUGGUAACCCUGGAAACUUGCGCCACCCUGAAUCCGGCUACCUUGUUGCCUGCCCCGGGGGAGGAGAUGAUCCACCAGUGCAUUCAGGUGAUGGAACAGGUAUACUCCAGCCGACCCGAUUUAAAAGACGUACCAAUGUCCAACAUAGACAUGACCCUAUUCACAGAUGGCAGCAGCUUCGUGGAAAAUGGUGAGAGGCGUGCAGGGUAUGCGGUGGUACGGGGGGGGGGAGAGAUUUUGGAAGCAGAGUCGCUCCCUCCGGGAACCUCCGCUCAGCGGGCCGAGUUGAUAGCCCUCACCAGGGCACUGCAGUUGGCAAAAGGAAAGCGGGUCAAUGUCUACACGGAUUCAAAGUACGCUUUUACUACGCUUCAUGCCCAUGGAGCUUUGUACAAGGAGCGGGGACUCCUUACGUCGGCUGGAAAGGGCGUUAAGAAUGCAGCUGAGAUUGUGGCCCUUCUGGAGGCGGUUUGGGAACCGGAUCGGGUUGCUGUAAUGUAA